CAAAAAGAAAAUCAAAGUAUGUGAUUGAUAUUAAUUUUGACACUAAUAGUUUUUUCUGCAAAUGUCAAGAUAUAUACAUGAUUUUAUGUUUAUUUAAAGAUUAUAAUUAUACAUUAUAAAUAAUGAGUACAAGAGUAGCAGUGCAAAAAGCUCUCAGUAAAUGUUCGGCUUCAAAUACUGAUUUAAAAGGUAUCAUAGCACAAAAAAUUCCAAAACAUGCAGCGCUCAUAAAACAGUUUAGGAAGGAUAAGGGAAAAUCUAAAAUAAUGGACGUUGAACUUGGGCAGAUGUAUAAUGGCAUGAGAGGAAUUAGAUCUAUGGUUUAUGAAACAUCUCUUCUUGACCCCAAUGAGGGUAUUAGAUUUCGCGGCCUUACAAUACCAGACUGUCAAAAGCGAUUACCUAAGGCUCCAGGUGGAAAAGAACCACUUCCUGAGGGUAUUUUCUGGCUCAUGUUGACGGGGGAUGUACCAACGCAAGAACAAGUUAACUGGUUAUCGAAAGAAUGGGCAAAGAGGGCAAAACUACCAAGUCAUGUUGUUAAAUCAAUGGAUACAAUGUCGAAAACUGUACAUCCAAUGGCACAGUUAUCAGCAGCCGUCACAAUAUUAAGCGCUGAAAGCAAAUUCCAAAAGGCGUAUGCCAGUGGGGUAAAAAAGACAGUAUAUUGGGAAUAUGUAUACGAAGAUUGCAUGGAUCUACUUGCAAAACUCCCUGUAAUAGCAGCUAAAAUUUACAAUCACUCAUUUAGAAGCGAAGAUUGUGGUUGCGUGGAAAUAGAUCCAAGUAAAGAUUGGAGUUAUAAUUUAAUGACAAUGAUGGGUUACUCAGAUCCACAGUUUGCUGAACUCAUGAGACUAUAUUUAACAAUUCACUGUGAUCAUGAAGGUGGCAAUGCUUCAGCUCAUACCAUUCAUUUAGUCGGUUCCACCCUUAGUGACCCAUUCAUAUCUUUUGCUGCUGGAAUGAAUGCAUUAGCUGGACCAUUACACGGUCUGGCCAAUCAAGAAGUAUUGGUAUGGAUAAACAGAUUACGAGAAAAACUUGGAGACGAUCCAGACGAAAAGAGACUUAAAGAUUUUGUUUGGAAAACGUUAAAGUCUGGUCAAGUAGUACCGGGAUAUGGCCAUGCUGUGCUGAGAAUAACAGAUCCUAGAUAUACAUGUCAAAGAGAAUUUGCUGAAAAGCAUUUACCAGAUGACCCUGUUUUCAAGCUAGUAUCUGCAAUUUAUAAAGUUGUACCACCCAUACUUAAAGAAUUGGGAAAAGUUGCAAAUCCUUGGCCAAAUGUAGAUGCACAUUCUGGAGUACUUUUACAAUAUUAUGGACUUACGCAAAUGUCAUAUUAUACCGUUCUUUUUGGAGUUUCCCGUGCUAUGGGUACCUUAGCCCAGCUAGUUUGGUCAAGAGGAAUAGGUUUUCCGAUCGAGAGACCGAAAUCCCUCACGACAGAAGCACUAAUGAAGCAACUGGGUGGCAAAAAAAAGAAAUGUUAGUUUUUUAUUUUAUUGAAUAAAUUUAACAAAUUU